AUGACCGACGUCGCCGAUGCACAACCCUACACGAACCAAAAUUUCAACACCAAUGAGCAGGAUCAGGUUCAUGAACACGAACAGGUACACGACGAUCAUGAACACGAUCAUGGACACGAUCAUGGACACGAUCAUGAGCACGAUCAUGAACACGUUCAUGGGCACGAUCACGAACACGUUCAUGGGCACGAUCAUGUACACGAUCAUGAACACGAAUGUGAGCAUGAUCAUGAACACGAUCAUUCCCACCAUGUUCAUGACCAACCUGCUGCUCACUAUGGACAUUCUUACGAUAAUUAUCUUUACGGUCACACCCACCCCGAUGAGGAAAACGUGGAUAAAUCAAAUAGACAAGAAUAUGAUUUGUUAGAAAAGCGAGGCAAAAGAAAAGAAACAAAUGAUCCGGAGGUUGCAGAGUAUUUUAGAGCAAAAGAAUUGUUUGACAAAGGAUUUGAGAUAGCUUCUAAAAUUCCAAAUGAUUCGGAGGAAAAUACUUUAAUAAAAUAUGAACAGAAAAUUUUGGAAUCUACAAAAUAUCUGGUUGAAGCAUUUUUAAUAGACGAGAAAGCAACCGAUAUGUCUCCCAGAAUAAUGUCUCUCGCCCAACAGUAUGAAAAACUUUUAAAAUUACAGUAUGCUGGAGAAGAUACUGAAAAAAAAGAUGCGGAUGGAAAAAUUCUAGAGGUCGAUAAAGAACAUACUCCCACUGAAGUUGAUUCUAUUGAACCUGAAUUUACUAGAGAGUCGCUUAUACUCGUUAUCUGGCUCCUCUUCAACGGUAAACAAUAUCAGUUCUGUAUUCAAACUCUUAACUUGGCUCUUAAUCAACUUGAGCAAUCCCUUUAUCCGCGCCUUCUCCACCUUCGGGCAUCAUGUUAUCAUGCCAUCGGGGAACAUAAAUUAUGUAUCAAAGAUCUUGAGCGUCUGGUUUCUAUUAAUCCAAAUUUCGUUGAUGCUUAUAGCAUUCAAGGAUCUAUACACAUGUCACAAGGAGAUAGAUUAGAAGCUGCACGUAAUUUUAAGGUUUAUAUUGAAAAGGCCAAUAAAGACUCAACCUCUUAUCCUCACGCACUUUACGCAUUAUCUGUACUUACGAGUCAAAAUGCCACAUCCACAACAACGACGGGAAAUCGAAAGCAAGUUAUGCAAAAUUUGCGUAAUCAACAAGCUUUUAAUUAUUAUCAAAAGGCCAAAGAGGCGGAAAAAAGAUAUGUAUACCUGUAUGGGCAUCCACCUGAAAUGACAGAUGUAAAACAUACGGCGAAUGCACUUUUUGAAGCAAAAGGAAAUAAAGCUGCUAAAGUAGAAAAGGAUAAUGAGAAAGAGGCUGAAAGAUUAGCACCAAUUUUACAACGUUUUCUAACAUUAACAGAUGGUAAAGAGAAAAGAUGUAAUAAGUGUAGCAGUCUCACAAGAAAAGAUGUAAACGGAGGAUUAAAUAAUGAAAAACAAACAACUUUGUUAGUUUGUGCAGGUUGUGGGCGUGCGAAUUAUUGUUCUAAAGAAUGCCAGAAAAAGGAUUGGAAGGUUCAUAAACAGGAUUGUGCACCUUUUAAAGAAUCGAACAAAAGCAAAUAA